AUGUCGUCGGCUGUAGCAGAACUGGAUAAUUAUCUCCAGUCCAUGCUGGCCCUUAAGCCACCAGGUGUGUCGGGAUCAAAAAUCAACAGUAUUACAUCGCUUUGCACUGCCAAUGUUCAGAACGAAUCCGUCCUCAUUCAAAAGAUCUACACGCAUUUCAAAAAGGCACCAGGCACACACAAGUUGGGCGUACUCUAUGUCGUAGACUCUGUAACUCGACAGUGGGUAGAUGCAGCGCGCAAGGCAGGCCAACCAUCCGGUAGUGCUGCUCCUGAUGGAACCUUCGCCGCUGGUGUUAACAGAGUGACCGAGCUGUUACCCGUCUUGAUGACUGAUAUCAUAAACAAUGCUCCUGAAGAUCAAAAGGAAAAAAUCAGGAAACUGGUGGAUAUCUGGGAGCGUGGAUACACCUUCCCUCCAGCCAUGCUCACUUCCUUCAAGGAAAAAUUAAACGCGCCUGCAUCACACAAUGUUGAAUCCACCACCCCAGAAGGGUCUCCAGCACCAAAUUACAUCCCACUCGGAGGUCCAGCACCCCAGCAGCAGCAAGCAACAAAUGGUGCCACUUCGACAACUCCUGCUCAAUCCGCACCGGAUACCUCCAGUAUCUUGAAGGCUUUGGCAGACAUGGCCAAGCAAAACACCGCCGCUCCAGCAGCUCCAGCAGUGCCUGCCCAGGCCAAUCCUCUUAGUGCAUUAAACCCACAGAGUACAGUCCCGCAGCCCGUGUCAUCAUCCGUAGACCAGGCUUCACACGCCCCGAACGGGCAGGCUGGUGUAAACCCUUAUGCUGCCGGGGCUAUGGCGACGCCGUUCGCGGCCCUGGGAGGUGUCGCUCAGAACCCGGCCUUGGUUCAACCUCAGAGCCAGAGUCACACUCCUAACCCACUGGCUGCUGCGCAAAACCCAUUGGCUGCAUUACUGCCACAGGCGACUGCAGCUCCCGCCCAACCGACUCCUACUGUAGCGCCGGAUGCUCUGCAGCAACUGCAGCUACUGCAACUGCUAGCGGCACAGGGAAUCCCGCAGGAACAGUGGGCCACAGCGCUGCAGAUCCUCAGUCUGUCCAAUGCCACCGGAAUGGCACCUAUGUCUGGGCAGGCUCCCGGCUUUAAUCUACCGGGUCAGAGUGUCAACGCUUGGGGCCGUCCGGACUCUCAAUCACGUGAUAUGGACCGGGACCGUGAAAGGGACUACAUGCGUUCGCCCCCUGGUCAAUAUCGGCGCCGCUCCCGUUCCCCUGGUUGGGACAGACGUCGCGAUGUGUCUCCUCCUCGUCGCCGCGAUAGCCCCGUCUAUGGCGAAUACCAUGGAGACUCACCAGGACGUAGGGGUGGAGAUCCCCGCGAUAUUCGUGGCCGACGAGGCAAUGACUAUCGACAGCGCAGUCCUCCCGGUCGCAGACGUCGCUCUCCUAGUCCUCCUCGCAAGGACCCCAAUCUGCCUCCACCCGGUCCGAAGUUUAUUGAGUGGGAUUACUCUAUUGGUCAAGGAAACAUUAAAGUUUUGAGUAGGACUCUUUUCGUGGGCGGUGUCACGUCGUCCGAAGCUCAUUUGCGCUCACUAUUCGGCAAGUUUGGACUUGUUCAAACCUGCAUCGUCAACAUCGACAAACGCCAUGCUUUCAUCAAAAUGAUCAGUCGUCAAGACGCAAUUCUUGCCCGGGAUGGAAUGGAAUCCCACAAAUCUGGAGAGAUGCAGCUCAGAACUCGAUGGGGUGUCGGAUUUGGUCCCCGUGACUGCAGCGACUACCAGACGGGCAUCAGUGUGAUUCCUAUCGAAAGACUUACUGAGGCCGACCGAAAGUGGAUGCUCACUGCUGAAUACGGUGGAACUGGGGGAAGGCCCAUCGAAAGCGGUAUGGUGGUUGAGGAGCCUGAUAUUGAAAUCGGUGCCGGUGUCUCGUCGAAAGCCAUCAGCAGGCGUAUUGCAACCGACACGGGGGGCAAGCGUGGGCCUGUGUCCUCUCGCACCCAGCAAGAUCGUUUCCGUCGCCCAGAGCGCGACAAUAAUCCAGGUCCUGGUAUGGGUGGCCAGGCCGAUCGCGAUAUGCCUAGUGUCAACAAUGUUGGCGUGCCACCUGCAGUGCCUGGAUUUGGCUUCUCCUUCCCCGGGAUGCCCAUGUUCCCUCCUGGGUUCAUGAUGGGCGGAGCGCAGGCAGGGUCAAACACAGGCUCUGCACAACCACCACCCCCUGGUCAGGGCAGCUAA